CAACCGCAGCCACGUUGCUGCCUGCGGACCGCCCGUCUGCAGACAGUCUGGUCGGUUGAGCCUCGGCUCUGGUGCCAACGUCACACCAAACACUGGUUAAGGGAACGCGGGAUAAAGCUGGGCACUGGGAGCCGCUCACUCUGCGAAGGUCGGGCUCUGGGGAGGCAGGUAAGGCGGACGGACAGUCUAACGGUUACAGAGAGAACACACAGACAGGAGCCCUGACAUCGUCUCUGCCCCCGCACGAAACAGACCGGGGAUCGCCGGAGAGUCGAAAGAGCCCCCAGUUCCUGAGUAGGAGCCGAAGUUUGUGAAUCAGUGGAGAUCUGAAGACAGGAUGAAGAUCCUGGUUGUACUGAUGUUCCUGGGAGCCACCCCACUCGCUUCCUCACAAGAGGACUACCAUGCAUUGGAGCCAUUUGUGGAUGAGACCGCGGAGCCGGAUUUGGCCGUGGAGGAGGAGGUAGAAGAGGAGAUCCUGGGAACGCCAGUGCAGAGACUUGCCUAUUCCAUCUCUGAGUUUGGCUACGACCUGUACCGGCUGCUGGCCAGCAGGGACCCCGGGGCCAACGUCUUCUUGUCUCCCCUGAGUGUAGCCACCAGCCUGUCUGCACUGUCACUUGGCACCCUCUCCACAAACAAGGAGGUUCUCCAGCGAAUCCUGAACUAUGAAUCAUUGCAGGACCUGGAUGUGCACAGUGUGUUCAAGGACCUUCUGUCUGAGGUUACUACCCAGCCCAAACAAUUCAAAACAGUUGCACGAAUAUAUGGCAAGAAAAGACUGAGAAUGCGAGCUGCCUUCAUGAACCAGGUCAGUCAGUUCUACGGGUUCAGACCCAAGGCCGUCACUGGCAACGUGCAGCAGGAUGUACAGAGUAUCAACCAGUGGGUGAGGAGCCAGACGGGAGGCAAGAUAUCGCAGGUGAUCAGCAGCAUGCCCGCCGCACUCAGUCUGCUCCUGCUCAGUGCCGCACACUACAAAGGGCAGCUGGUGACCAGAUUUAACCCGGUGAACACGCUGUUGAAGACGUUCCGGGUGGGUUACGGGCAGGAGGUGGACAUUCCAAUGAUGAGCAGUCCCCACUACCCACUGCGCUACGGCUACGACUCUGAGCUAAACUGCAAGAUUGGCCUGUUCCCGUACGUGGGUGACAUCAGCCUGUUGAUCUUCCUGCCCAGCGGCCCCAGGUACAACAUGACUGCAGUCGAGGACAGUCUGAUGCCAGUGUUUGUGCAUGACCUGGUCAGUCAGCUGCAGUCUGUCCGAGCCAGUGUCUCCAUCCCCAGGCUGACCAUUGACACCAACCUCGAGCUGAAGAAUGUGCUGGGAGAGAUGAAUCUGAGCCCCCUCUACACUCCGUCCGAGCUGAAGAAACUCACGGCGGGUCCUGUCACCAUCUCCAGUGUCACCCACAGAGCCUCCCUGGUGCUGGACGAGGAGGGGAUGGGGAACGCUGACCUCCCCACAGCCACCACGCCCCAGCUCAGCCUCGAGUUCCACGUCAACCAGCCCUUCAUCCUGGUUUUGUACGACAACCCUUCGGGCUCUCUGCUGCACAUCGGGAGGGUCAUGGACCCCAGGAAUCUGGUGACCAGCCGGCACAGGGGGCCAGGAAAUCAGUGAACAUUGGCUGCACCACACACACCCAGACAGAAGGAGGGAGCUCCCCUCGCACUCCCCUCGCACUCCCCCCUGCACUCCCCUCGCACUCCCCCCACACUCCCCCUGCACUCCCCUCGCACUCCCCCUGCACCCUCCUCCCUCGCCGUCUCCUCCCACCCCCUCAUCUUGCCACCCUCCCACCCCACCUCUCCAUAACCCUCCCUCAUCCAUCCUCCAGCUUCACCCCACCCCACCCCAAACCUCCUCCUCACCUCUCUCACCCCCUCCUGUCCCAAAUGUCUCACCUUUCUGUCCCUCUCCCUCCCUCUCCCUCCCUAUCUCUCCCUCCCUCUCCCUCCCUCCCUCUCUCUCUCCCUCUCUCUCUCCCUCUCUCUCUCCCUCCCUCUCUCUCCCUCCCUAUCUCUCCCUCCCUCUCCCUCCCUCCCUCUCUCCCUCCCUCUCCCUCCCUCCCUCUCUCCCUCCUUCUCUCUCCCUCCCUAUCUCUCCCUCCCUCUCCCUCCCUCUCUCCCUCCCUCCCUCCCUCUCCCCCUCUCUCCCUCCCUCCCUCUCUCUCUCCCUCCCUCUCUCUCUGCCUCUCUCCCUCCCUCUCUCUCUCCUUCCCUAUCUCUCCCUCCCUCU